ACUUCCCAUGUGUGUUUGCUCUUCCCAGCAGUUUGAAUUGUUUGCUCUGCCCUAAUUAAGUUCACCUGUGUUUAGUUAUCCUGCCCUCACCUGUGAAUACAGUCUCAUUGAUUCCUUUCUCAGUUUGUCUCAACUUCUAUGUUGGCUUCUGCCAUUUUGUUUCCUGUCGUUUGGAUUAUUUUGUUUUACCAACCAGUGUACCUGCCAGUAAGCCAUAUUAAAUCAUUGACUGCACCUUUCUUAACCUCUUGCACAUCAAAGACUGUUGGAGGAGGGCCCCUUGUAAUGAGUACAGGACAGGCUGCUCUGAAUAUGGCACGCAGGGAAGCGUCCUCUCUUGGUUGAGGAGUCAAAAGACUUCCUUGACACCCCUGACCCACAACCUGUAUCCCUGCCUGCUAGCCUCCAGCCUGCUUCAUGGCCUGCUAAUCUUCAGCCAGCUAACUCCCAGCAUGCUAGCCUUCAGCUGUCAUUCCUGCCUGCUAGCCAACCUUCACUCCGGCCUGCUAGCAAUCACCCUGCACUCCAGUCAAUUAGGCUCGGCUUUGUGAGCAUGCAUUGCAGGUCCUGAGCCAGUUCCAGCCCCUCGUAGUAAUCAGCCAGUUUUCCGGUUUUCAUGACAGACGACAAAACCGCUCCUUGGGUCACCUUGCCACAAUAUCUGUCUUGUCCAGGCCUACUCGAGCCAGCUCUUUGUCCUCCCUGCUGCCCGGCGCCUCAGAGACUCAGCUGCCCAGCGACUGGUGUCUGGUUCAGCCAUGUCACCGGCUUCCCAAGGGGUUCCGCCCUUGCUGCCGGCCUCCUGAGUUGCUCCACACAUCUGGUCAUCCUCCGGACCUGCCUUGCCUCCAGGCCGUCUGCCUGAGGCUCGUCGUCCACGGUGAUGAGUACCAACACAUUGCCCGUUGGCAACCUCGGCGAGGAUGAGCUUCUCAGCUGUUAUCUUUACACACAAAGUGCACAAGCGACACUCCAACAAGUGUCAGUCACCUGGGAGAAGAAGGGGCUGACGGGACUUGUUUACAAGUAUAAGAACGGAGCUCCGGAUCUUGGAGACCAGAACUCGCAGUUCAAAGUGAGAACUCAGCUCUUCCCUGAUGCUGUAGUCACAGGGAACGCCUCUCUGCUGCUGAGGACUGUGAGAAGUAGUGACGAGGGGGAGUACACCUGCAGCAUCAGCUCGUCUGAUGCAGGGGGAAAGGUCAACAUUCACCUCAGAACAGCAGCCUUUUCAGCCCCCACAUUUAAGUUCUCAAAUGGCAUCCUGGCUGCUGAGGCGAGCAGGUGGCUCCCUAAACCAAACGUGACGUGGUCGGGCCCUGAUGGGAACAUCCUGCAGGGAAACACGAACUUCACACAAAACUCUGCAGGGAUAUUCAGUGUAGUCAGCACACUACAGUCAGUCAAUGUCAGUGUCAGCGAUACCUACACCUACAGGAUUGAAAAUAACUUGGUGACUGCCAUCUCCAAGGCAACUAUAACAGGCUCUGCUGUUCCGGGGAACACAUACUUCACCUACAGUGCUGCAUCAUCUCUGCUGGCAUCAACUUACCUGAGCAUGAUGACCAGCGUCCUUUGCAUCUAUCAUCUCACCUAAUCGCACACACACACACAAACUCUGCACCUGGGUGUGCCUGCGUUGCAUUCAGUGACAGGAUUUUUUUUUUUUUUUUCAGAAUUCGACAGGAGUGAUGAUUCAAAGUAGCUACAUAAGUCAUUUCCGAAGAUUAUAUUAUUUGUUUUUUAAUAUAUUACAGUGGGUGUUGUUGCCAUGUAACACCAUUUAACUCUGUGGUGCAUUUUCUCAGUCAAUGUUUACUUUUUCUUUUUUACUUUUCUCAGAUGUACAUCAUGUUUUCAGUGAAGGCUCCAUCUAGAUUAUUUGUCAGUAAACGUUUCUUAAUU